UCCUGUGGUUAACUCAACCCCGCUUACAAACAAGUUUCUAGCAUAAUGUCUGGGAUUCUAAGAAAAUAUAGAUUCAUGUUCAAAUAUUAAGUAAAGCAGCUCACGAAAACAACAAAUCCAUCACUAUUAUAGAUACGCUUGCAGACACAAAACGAUUAAUCUCACUUAUAAUUCUAACUACAGAAAUCACAAAACAAUUUUACAUCACAAAAAAGAAAAAAGCUUUCAGGUCAAAUAAACUUCCAUAAAACAAGAUGCAACGUGGUCAUUCAUUCAUUUUCAACUCGAAGUCACAAAUGCAAAUUUGUCAAUAUGUUGAAACUAACAUUAAUGCUGUGUUUAGUAUUCGUCGUCACGAAAGGAAUCAUUGCACAUGAUACCUGCUCUGUAAAUUAUGACGAGACGACGUCAAAAAUGCAUUUUGAAUUGGACUGGGUUCCAAACACACAGGGAAUGCCAGGGAGGCCUGGAAAGCGAGGGGUGCAAGGACAGAAGGGUGAGCGUGGAUUCCAGGGUGUGGCUGGUGUAAGAGGAGAAAAGGGAGAGAGAGGACUCAAUGGAGAAAAGGGAUCAAAGGGAAACAAUGGACAUCCAGGUCCUAAAGGUGAAGUCUCGCAAGAAUAUUUGGCAAAUUUAGAAGCCGAAAUGCUGAAGUUUGUGACUCUCCCUUGGGUAGAAGUAAAUGAAAGAUUCUCAUAUUUUUCAAGCUCUUUCUCAAUGACUUGGGAGGAAGGGAAAACAUAUUGUGAAGAAAGGAAUGCUCAUCUGGCAUACAUGGGACCAAGAGACUCAGGCAUUUUAAAUUCUAUAGAGGGAAAUUUGAAGUUGAUCGCCCGUCAUAAUUUCUAUUGGAUCGGGCUAAAACGACAAGCAAAUGGGAACUACCAAUGGACUGAUGGUGUUGUGGCUGAGGGAAAUCCAUGGACUACCACAGUAGGGUGCCCUGGUUCUGGUGACUGUGUUGGGAUAUAUGCGGGAUGUGAUAUACUUUCAAGAGAAAAUUGCAGCAAGACUAUGAAAGUCCUGUGUGAAAUAGACUUUGGACAACAAUAACUUACUUUGGAACUUGAGAUUUGAGUUGCAAAAUCUCACAUCAUAAACUAAUGAAACUUAUGUGAUUAUUACAAUAUCCCUCUCUCUCUGUAUAUUUAUAUAUAUAGAUAUGACUGUUUAACUAUAAUAUGGCUUAGCAGUUCAGAUGGCACAUCUUGCUAAAUGUUUACAUCUCACUUCUGACGGCCUGCGUGGGUUCGCAGAUUCAAAUUUUGUACGGAUAAUUAUAUAAGGCAUAGAAAGUGUUAGAUUGUGAUGGCAUUGCAGGUCAAAACCCCUGGUUUCAUUUCCCCACCUAACUCAGGGUGUAAAAAAUUGGGUAACCAUUCCAAACAGAGAAAAUUCUGGACCUUCCAAAAAUAAUAGGGCAUGGUCUUGUUUGGAGCAAAAGGUGUGUGAAUCCAGACCUGGGAAGUCACACCAGAAAUUUUAUUAUCACAAACAAUUUCAACACUAUGAUACAUUUGGAGCAACAGUGAAAAAAAUAAUUCAAAAAUUAUUGGUUGGUCAGUAUUUGUGAUGGUCACUAUGCAAGACCGGAUAGGUCACGGAGCGGGAGCCCAUGCUGUAUAUAAGAUAUCAUUCAUGAAGCUAGCAUAUUUACACAAUGUGGCAACUGCAAGGCUAAUAUUUUUGUUUGGCCAACAUUUUAAGCUUGAUUGCAGGUUUUGUUUGCUGUUCUGACAUAUUUAUUCAUGUUUUUAUCAUCCAUGUGUAUUUGAGGUUUCGAAACGAAAGGGCAAACAUACACAUUUUACAAAAUGUUUUAUUUGAAAUGCUAAAAAGAAAUAAGUAAUCUUUAAGCUGGUAUCUAAUCACAGAAAGCGAAAGGCUAUAAAAUUCGGUAUUCCAUAUUGCCCAUUCCUAGUCAAUAAAAAGUAAAAGAAUGAAAAUGCAGAAAUACAUGUUUUUCUCAAUUUCGCAAAACGAAGUUUUUCAAGUUUCACAAUUUUAGGUUAAAGUGCUUAUAUUGCCUUAUAUGUUCAUUGUCUGUUACAAAGUCAAAAUAAACUCACUUAUUAGCGAUUAUUUGUACAAAGUAAUAAAAUUUUGAAAAUGGUAUUGAUGUAUUACUUAUUGAUUCAGGAUUCUAUUUCACGAAUUAUGGGUUUUAACCAGGGCUGGGGAACCUGUUCAAAAUCACAGUGGCUCUGGCUCCAGUUCUGGAGUCACAGUAUAUUCAAAGAGGGGUUCCAGCUCCGGCGAAGAAGAUUCAUUUUUUCUAUGUCGUAGCUGGCCUCAUUCACAUUAAGGUUUUUAGGUGUGACCACUGCCAUGAAAUAUCUGCCCAA